AUGGCGUUCAAUGAUAUUCUUGAGUCUUUAGGGGGAGUAGGGUACUUCCAGAUCAUGCAUAGUAUCCUUCUACUGAUACCGGUGACCCUGCUAGCGUGCCAUAACCUCUUGCAAAAUUUCACAGGGGCAGUGCCUGCUCACCAUUGCAGGGUUCCCUCUAAUGUUUCUCAGAAUCUUCAGGUGAAGACCUCCAAGGAUCUGAACCAAGCAGAAAUCCUAAAGUUGUAUAUACCAUUGGACAAAGACAAUAAACCAGAAAAGUGUGUCCGAUACAAAAUCACAAGAGGUUUGCUCUUGCUGCCUAAUUCAACUGUCAAAAGACGGGAAGAUGUGACCAAAGAGAUUUGUAAGGAAGGAUGGGUUUAUGAUCAGAGGGUCUUCUCAUCAACCAUCAUUUCAGAGUGGAACCUUGUUUGCGAGCAGAGCUCCUGGAAGCAGGUGGCACAUUCGAUUUACAUGACAGGGGUGUUUUUUGGAGCCAUAGUGUUCGGCAGUCUAGCUGAUAAGCUUGGUCGCAUGGAAAUACUCACAUGGUCCUACCUCCAGAUGGGAAUAUCUGGCAUCUGUGCAGCAUUUCUGCCCAACUUUGAUGCAUAUUGUGCUUUUCGAUUUCUUUGUGGAGUGGCAUCUUCUUCAAUAUCUGUUAAUACCAUCUCUCUGAUCCUGGAGUGGAUGCCGCAAAAAGGAAGGACACUGGCUGGAAACUUUUUUGGCUUUUCAUACUCCUUGGGGCAGAUUUUACUAGCUUUUGUAGCAUAUCAGAUUCGAGAUUGGCGUCAGCUCCAGUUUGCGAUCUCUGCACCGUUUUGUAUCUUUUUUUUAUACUCCUGGUGGCUACCAGAAUCUGCUCGGUGGCUCAUCCUUCAGAAUAGGCCCCAUCAGGCUUUAAAAACUCUUAGGAAAGCUGCCUGUUUUAAUGGAAAGCGAGAAGAAGGCGAGAUGCUGACAGCUGAGAUACUCUGCUCAGAUAUGCAGAAGGAAAUUUUGGAGAUAAGGUCUUCCCAUUCUGUCAUGGACCUUGUGCGUACUCCAGCCAUGAGACGUAUGUCUAUGUGCCUCAUCUUGGUGUGGUUUUCCACUAACUUUGCCUAUUAUGGACUUAGUAUGGACCUGCAGAACUUUGGAUUAAAUAUCUUCCUAGCCCAGGCUGUGUUUGGGGGAUUUGAGAUGACAGCUAAAAUCUUCAUUAUGGUGGCAAUGACCUUUGUAGGAAGACGUGUCUUGCAGUUUAUGUCCCUGUUUCUAGCUGGAAUAAUGGUCAUAUCCUAUGGCUUUAUACCACAAGAAAUGAAAAUGGUUUGUACAGUGCUUGCUGUAACAGGGAAAGCUUUCCUGGCCUGUUCUAUAACAUGCAUGUACCUCUUCACAGGAGAGCUGUACCCUACGGAAAUUAGACAAACUGGAAUGGGAUUUAGCGCCAUGAAUGCGCGUCUGGGUUCCGCAGUUGCCUCCGUUGUGCACCUGACAGGUGACUUCUCUGCUUCGUUCCUUCCAGUAGUAUUUGGUAUCACACCUAUUGUAGCCGGACUCUUUUCGUGCUUUUUGGAAGAGACCAGAGACUCCCCACUUCCUGACACAAUCAAAGAAGUUGAAAGCAGGUUUCAGAAUAGUAUGUUGGAUAUGGAUGGAUCAGAAGAUGACACUUUGACUCAGAAGAUGUAUUUUAAAGAGGUCCCAUAA